AUGAAGAAGUCGGGCGCCGAGUUGGGGCAGCAGGCGCAGGCGACAACAGCAGCAGCAGGGGCCCGGGCAGGAGCGGCGACGGCCCGAGGGGCGCUCCGUGGCAUGCGCCAGUCUCCCGGAGGCCGGGGCGCGCGCGGGGGCCCGGAGGCGCCCGCCGGGGCUCGGGGGCCUGCGCUCCGGCUGCCCCACCCCGCGCGGCCCGCGCCGAGCGCGGCUCUCGGGCCCCGGCGCACCCCGGAGGAACGCAGCCGCCGCUUCCCUGGGGUCGGCGAAGCCUGCCGGGGUCGGCGCCUCCCCAAAAAGAGGCCCCCCCGCAGCGGCUCCCGACUGUCGGGCUCGCCAGCCUCGGCUUCCUACAUGGAAGAUCCGCGGGGGCAAAAAACGGAAGGCGUUCGGCUGAGCUGCAGGAGGGAGUAACCGGAUCUCCUCAAAUUCCGUGCACACGAAGACUCGGAGGAGGGGGCCGAGUGGACUUCACCCCGCAUGAGAUGUCUGG